UGUGCGUGUGUGUGUUCGUACUUCGUACUCGCAACUCGCUACUCGACUACUGCAAUUUCAAUUUGUUAUGAACGUUAAAUUUUAGAGUCUUGUUACUACGUUUAUCUGAUUUUAUAAAGUGACUGAGUUCUGUUCAUUUUAACCGUUUUAUAAAUGUUUAUACAAUUCAUUUAUUAAUAAGCCAUGAUAAUUAUUCAAUAAUCAAAAAUGUCUGUAAAUCUCGAUGAGAUUACAGUAUUGUCUUCGGGCACUGAAGAUGAAGUGCCAAGUGGAUAUAAUGGAGUGAAGAGUAACUGCUCUGACGAUGUAUCUGCGACUACGAACAAACGACGAGUAGCUUUGCAACGAGUUGUUACGGGAAAAGAAAUGUUUUCUGAGUUUUUAGAGAAAUGUAAAUCAAAAGAGAAAUCGGUUGAAAUGGAGAAGAUCAUUAAGAAGUUAUGGAAGCGAUUCGAUGAGGCUACGGAAAAGUAUACGAAGUCUAGUUCUUUUAAAGAAUUAGUUUUGAAAUGUACGAAUGAAAUCGAUUCCAAGCUAUACUCCUCCAUGAAGAUGAUUUGCGAUGAAUUACAAAGUAACAAGAAAACACAGACAAACUCGACAUCAAGCGAUCCAUUACCGUCUACUUCAGCUUCCACGUCCUCAAGUAGCAACCAAGAAGGAUUAGAUCCUAAAACUGCAUGGCAUAUAGAAAAAUUGGAGAAAUUGCUGACGAAAUUGCAAAGACGUAUUCACAAGUUGGAAAAUGUUGAGGUUGAUUUAAAUUCCAGCGAUGAAGAAAAUUCUGCUUAUAUUCAAGUUGCCAGCUACAAAAGAAGAUUUUGCCAAGUUUUCAAAAAGCUUUGUGAAAUGAAGAAAAAAGAUCCUCAUGCUGAACGAACUCUUUGGAAAAACAUAAAAUUUAAAGGUACUAACAUUCCGGAGGUAGACAGAGCUAUAGAAAAAUUUUAUAACGACCGACGGGAAUUUCCUGAUUAUCGUGAUAUCUUGAGCGUGGUCAAGAAGGCGAAUGAAAUUAAAAAACUGAAUUUAAUGCCCGCUGAAAUCAACAAUUAUGCUCUCAAAGCAUUUCAAGAGCUUGGUAAAACGCUUCAAAAGUAUCGUCUGUUGGAUGAUGUGGAAAUUUUCCGUUCGUAUCUACCAGCCGAUGAAGACCCGGCUUCCAAUAACCCAGAGUUGGAAAAUACGUUGAAAGAAAAUUACAAGAAAUUCGGCGGACGGAUUGAUGAAGUCAUCGAUAAAUACGCUGUAAUGCAAGAGGAAGCGCGAUUAGAACCGGCCGAAGUUGACAGCGACGUUAAAGACGAAGAAGAUAGCGACGGAGAACAAGAUUCUGUUAGUGAUUGUGAAUCCCGUUCCAGUAUUCUUGAAUCUAAAUCUGAUUCUGAAGAUUCAGCCGAUCUCGAUGAAGAACAUCCCGCAUAUCCCGCUUGCAGUAUUGUGUUGACCGAUGUUCGAUUGACUCCAGAUUGGCAGAAGUACGUUGUACCGGAACAAGGCGUCCAAUCGAAGAAAAGUGACUCGGAUGUGGAUAAAUACCCAACUGUAGUUAUUGAAAUGUGUUCUAUACCGGGAGGUAGCCGUAAACGUUCCCACGACCAAAGUGAUUCGGAUGAAAAUCCAACUACUGAAGCAUCUGAACCGACACCUUCAACCUCCAGAGAUUUCGUUCCUAUUACUUUAGACGAGUACAGACACAACAAACGUUCCAAAAUAGAAAAACGCGACGAAUCAACCCGCCGUGAUGCUAGUAAAACUAGUGUUUUUGUAACUAUUGAAAAAAUAUCGACAAAAGAUGACGGCGAUGUUAUGGAAUCCUGCGAUAAAAAUAUUAAAAAGAGAAAUAAUGACGCAACUAGAGUUCAGAAAACCGGUAGAAAUCUAAAUGAGUCUACAAUAUCGCAUCGAUCUAAAAAUGUCGUGUCGAGUAAUAAUAAGGAAUUUCCUGUUUCAAAUAACAAUAACGUGCGUAACACGGAAAAUUCUGAUGAUGAACUUGUUGAAACUUCAUCUAAUAACAACAAAGAUUCUGGAACAACUAAUAAGUCUCCUGUUUCAUCGGAAUCAGAGGAAACCGUCGAUGAUGAUGAUGAUCAUGAAAAUUCCAAAAGAUCUCCUUUCGCUUCGCAUUCGGUAUCCAAAGUAGUUAAUCACGCCAAAAGUAAUUCCUCGACUAUUAAUGAUAUAAUUGACAUCAAUAUGGAUGGUUCUCAGAAAAAGAUAUCGAAGAACACGAAAAAAAAUACGUUACGGGAUAAUAAACGACGAGAAAUUCCCAAUGAUCUAGUUCAAGCUGGGAAUCAUUUCAUGUGUAAUGGUGCUUCAAUGCCUGUAGAAGUCGUUAUGGAUGUUGAUUCUUCCAACGAAAGUGAAUCUUCUGUCAAGAAUAAUCCAUCGGUAACUGCCAAAAAUAUUGAUAGCGAUGACGUUAUGGUCAUCGAUGAAAUUGUUAAACCUAAAACGCCUGUUAAGGGUAACAAUGAAAUCAUCGAUGUGGAAGAAAUAUCCGAUAGCCCUGAAAAACCCAAACAAAAUGCUCCGAAAAAAUUAGCAACGGCUGUUAAUUUAACUAAGAUGAUUCGCGGUAUGAAAUUCAAACCUGAAACCAUUCCUACGAAUAGAACACCAACUGCCAGCUCGUUGAAACAAAGUACCUUACCUCGAAGUACUGGUAUUCCGCUUAGAUCAAAUGCUGUGGUAAGAAACAAUCAUCCGAACUUCAGACAAAUGAUGCCCAGUCAGAAUUCUGUCUCAGUUGCGCCCAGAGUGAUUAAUGGCUUUGCGAAUAAUAUUAUGCGCGCUCCUAUAAAUAAUCAAAGACCGACCAAUGCUAGACAAUAUGCCUCAAUGCACAGCCAAAAUGUACAAUACUUCCCAAAUAAUGCUAAUGUUACCGUCAAAUCCUCUCAGGCUGCGAUGCAGAGAAAAGUCACAUCUCGCACCGUUCGCACGUUUGAUACCAGGACUAACCAAAUGGUUACGAAACAAGUCCAAGUCACUACCGUUGUUCAGCAGUCUGUUAUGCAGGUUGUAGGUCAAAAUCGAACAGUGUUUAAUAAUCAAGUUCGUCAGACGAAUACAAGACGAAUAUCAUCAAAUAGAAAUAAUUGUUCGGAUGAUAUUAUUACUUUAGAUUGAGCUUUCGAUACUUGAAAUGUGUUUUUAACUAAAUUAUUUCGUUUUCGAUAGAUCAUAUCUACAAUUGUUUUAUUUAAGUGAGUUCUAAUUUGAUUAUUUUUGCGUUUUUUCUUUGUUGUACAGCGAUCAUUUUUUAUGAACUUGUAUUUAGAUUUUAAAUUUUUGGUUUAGUUGUUUCUUUUAGUAAUACUAUUGUACUGAUUAUUUUAUAUUUGCUGAAUUUAUUAUACCAAUUUUGAAACAUUUUAUUUUGGUUGAGAAUAAAGUGUUAUUCACACUA